AUAAAAACCUCAAAAUCUAACCGUUGAAUAGUUAUUUACACGUGUCUAACAUCCACCGCGGUCGUACCAAAAACUGUACAAACCUGUAACACUAUGAUUCCACUCCCUUCAUCCGCCUCCAAAAUACCUAAAGAAGCUGGACACAGAUCUCUGUUAACUAUAAACAAAACCCUUCAAAUUCCGAGCUCGAAUCCCUUCCCCAUUUCUUCUCGUAGAAAAAACCUCCGUUUGUUCAGCGAAAAGAUCCCAGCUUUCGCCGGCGAUGUCCUAUCAACAGCAGAUGUUCUCUCCGCCGCCGCCGGCUAACGCGUACCCCUCGCAGUAUCAUUCAAAAGACAGUUGGGGAUCCAUCGGGCCGGUGAUCGGAGUGCUCGCAGUGAUAACUGUUCUCGGAAUAAUCGCUGGAGUUAUCGGCCGCCUCUGCUCCGGCAGGAGGAUUGUAGGGUUAGGGCAGUACGAUUUUCAGGGAUGGAUUGAGAGGAAGUGCGCCUCCUGCAUCGACGGCGGAACUGGCUCGACUGCUCCGGCACCGGUGACUGCUUCGGCAGCUUCCGCGGCGGCGACGGAAGAAAUCGUUCGUCAGAGAUCUGAAGCACAGCCGGAGGCGAAGCAUUCGCCACUGAACUAAGCGUCGCCUUUUUUUUUUCUUUUUUUUUCCUUAGUGUGAAAG